UUUCAAGCAUUUGGCUAAGGAAGCAAAGAUGGAAGAACAGGCUCUAAACCCUAAGAAGACCGAGAAAACGGACGAAGGUGUGGGCGGCGCUUCUCCUUCAAUCGACCAAGUACCAAACCACAUUCUCGCCGAUAUCCUUUCUCGUCUUCCGAUCAAAUCCCUCAUACAGUGCAGGAGCGUCUGCAAAUCCUUUCUCUAUCUGAUCUCUGCAGAUCCCGGUUUCCGCUCCUUGCACCUCUCAAGAUCCACUCCCGAACUCCUACUCUACCAUUUCAGAUCGAAAAAGAUGAUUCUCUUCGAUUCCGACGCCGACCAAGCACACCUGCUCCCUCCCCGUUUCGACCGUCCUUACGAUAUGACCAUCGUGAACUCGUGCCGCGGUCUGCUCUGUCUCCGCUCACUGCGUACCUCCUUUCCCUUUUACGUCUUUAAUCCCAUCUCUAUGGAAUUCACUCUAAUCCCAAAUCCCAUGCCGAUCGAGAGUAAAGACUCUGUUUCUUUGAUGGUCGGAUUCGGGUACAGUCCCAAGUCCGAUAAAUACAAGCUUAUAAGGGUAUCAAAGUCUAGCGAUUCAACAGGUAAAAACUGUUUCCAUACCGACAUUUACACUAUCGGACCACCUUCUUCUUCUUCUUGGAGGAGAAUUGAAGAUGCUCCAAUACACGAGAUUACACGGUGUUUUUCAACGUUCCUUGAUGGACGUUUAUAUUGGAUAAUGGAUGAUGUAGCAGGAGGAUUUAUCUAUUGUUAUGGGUUCAUGAUUUAUUUCGAUUUUGAUAGUGAAACAUUCGGAACAUCAAAAUUGCCGCCUCCUUUUGACACCACCCGAGAUAGAAAUCCUGUGAGAGUGGUUAACUUUGACGUGUUUCAAGGUAUGUUGAGAUUAAGUGUAUUGACACUAAAUCCUAGCAUACUUACAUUAGGUCCUUCAUCUGAUUGCGGAACCAACACCCACAUUUGGGUUAUGAAGGGGUUCGGGGUUGAUGAAUCUUGGUGCUUAGAAGAGCUUGCCUUUUCAUUUCCUGGCAAGUAUUUAAACAAUAAUAAGUCUGAGGCAUUGAUUUAUUCAACUGGUUAUUUAAGGGUUACAUACAGCCAGAUUGAGAAGAAGAUUGUUUAUGGUAUAUUAUCACCACUCUCUCAUGUUCCUAUCCUGCUGCCCCUCAAGGAAUUACUGAUAGGAGUUGAAGUCCAUCUCCUAAAGUCAACUCAAAGCAAAAAUUACGAAGAAGAAAUGGUGACAAUUUUUAGUAAUUUCACCAACCGACAAUAACUGAAAUAUGGUACUACAUUUUUCUAUCAUGUGCUUAACUUUAUUUUCUUAGCUUUCUAUUUUAUUUUAUUUUGUUGAACAUAUGCUCAGUUGCUCUUUGUUUGUUACAAAUUUUUUUUUACUAUUUGGCAAUGAUGGAUUGAUUAGUUUGAGGAGU